UGAGCCCAAUGAGGCAGGUCUUGAUGAGCCAUGACGCACUGGCGAAGUCACUUUCAUACGAGAUGCCUGUGGUUUUUGACGUUUUUGCUGACUUUGUUUUCUCCAUCUCUGACUGCUCAAGCUACUGCUACCUCCAGCAGCUCCAACGCUAACGUGGGCUUGGUCGGGUUCAUCUUCCCUUCUGAGGAGCUGGUGGAAGGGAACUUUGUGCACUUCGUUGGGGUUAAACGAACCAAUGGUUCCAGCGGUGCUGUUCGUUGCAACAUCAGCAUUGUCACGUCCAAUGAUGUCCACGAUGCUGAGGAGGGCAAGGACUAUCUGCUGCUCUCCAGCUUUGUCGCUUUUGAAGAUGGAGACCCUGACCCCAAGGCUGUGGUCUUGCGCUUCUUCAAUGACCAGAAACUAGAGACGGUGUCAUAUGUUCGAUUGUCCAUCGCGUGCCUUCCAGAGGAGGCUAAUGGCCUCAUUUUGCAGCAUACUUUGAAGAUUUCUGAUGACAGGGAUGGUGGAAUCAUCAAAUUACCACGGAACAUUAUUCCGAUGCAGGAGGACCUUCUGUUUUUCCCACCGGCUGAGAGUGAAAGAUGCGUUCUUUCUGUGGAACGUGCUGGUGGAAGCAGUGGUACAGCUAAGAUCUUGGUGCACUGGCAUACGACACCAGUGUGUGCUGAAGAUGAUGAAUGGCCGGCCAUCUCGGAAGAUGCCUUGUUCAAGGUGGAUUGGUCAUAUCUUGAGGGUACUGGCAGUGUAUCUUGGGACGAUGGGGAAUCUGGAGUAAAAUGUGCUGUCGAAAAGUACUGGCUCCAGAACUUCUCUUCAACCAACGGGUCCAAUGCUUCAGCUGUGGUGGUGUAUUCUGACGGACUGGUGGAGACCGCUGAGGGAUUUUGUGGCUAUAUUACUGCAGAUGUGGGCAGUGCUGCAAUCAUCCCUGAACCCAGUGGUCGUCUUCCUUUUGCCAUGCUGAUCCGAGACAGGGGCAAGACGGGAGGAGGCGAACAUCGAUGUAUCAAGGGUGCAGAGUGCCCCCUGAAUCUAACACUGUCCAUUGCCGUUGCAUUUCUCCACCAAGCUGGGAACUGGACCUUUGUGCAGGCAGCUGGUCAUGGUGUCCAGUGCCUUCCGUGCAGCAUUGGCAUCAAUCAGAGCAGCUAUCAGAAUCUGCCAUUGCACCAAUUUAGAGUAGAAGGUCAAAGGUUCGAAUGGGCCGCUGCCGAUUUGGGCACUUCCCUGAGCAACGAAACCCCUGGCGACAGAUCCGUGUGCAUGUGCCGUGAUGGUGAUCCUGACAACGCUACCCACCAAAUUGCUACACUCGUCUUAGCUGGUCCAGAAGGGGACAACACAGCAAGUUGCUUCAAGAACCAGCACAGCUGUGCUGUACGGCUCCGUGAGAUACGAACCACUGGUGGUCAAAACCAUCUUCGCAUUAUGCCAUCUUGCGAGGACUAUGAACUCACUCCGCCAGGCUUUGUAGAAGGUGCUGUAGCAGUUGCAGAUGAAACUUCUUUCUGGUAUGAGAUGAGCGGCACGGACAAAAUGAGGCUUGAAGCCGCGGGCAUCUACAAACUCUGUUGGUGUCACUCCUUUUCGCCUUCUGAUUGUACCCAACUGAGCGAUUUCAAUGUCGAGGCUGGCUCUUUCAUCUAUGCUGGCCCUUAUGAAGUCGUGAGCCUCAGAGAAGUACGGAUCUCUCAGGUGCUAAAGGUGGAGGUCAGUGGCAUCGGCCUCUCCUCAGACGACGAGGCCAUGCUGCUAGUGACCUGUGGAAUGGGCCAGCCCAUUCUGCGCGCGGGCAAGAUCCAGGAGAGGUUCUUUAAUUUCGGCGUUCUGGGCAGCCACGGCAACGAGGUGGCGGCCGGGAGCUAUCAGCUCUGUUGGUGUCAGCCAAGCCUUGGCCGCAGCUGCAACAGCACUGAGGAGUUCAACGUGGCUUUUGGUUCUAUCCGGGUUCGUUGCCACUGGAACUACGCAGAGCUGGACACGGGGGAGUGUCGACGCUGUCACUUGCUCUUCGAGGUUCCAGAGGAAGAAGAUUCGGUGUGCCAAAUCGAUGCAGGGAGCUUUGCACUUGUGAUUUUGUGGUGGUUCGUGUCCACCUUGCUCUUCCUGGCCAUUGUGACUGCCCUGCGGUGUCGGUUGUGGACGUUGCCGAAGCGGCCCGGAGAACGGCCUGGGACUUUCAGUCCGACACUGGUGGGUACACCGCGGCCCAUUCGGGAUGUUUCUCAAACCGGUGGCAAACUGCUCAUUGCGACCAAUGGUUAUCACAACCUCAUCAAGUUCCCCGUGUCUCGGUGGUCGACCAUCCCAGUCACCUUAGCGGGCACUGCGCAUCCCUUGUUGGAUGGAGUGCAGUUCCAUGUCCGGGUCCGCGACGGCCGCACGUUAGAAGUCUUGUGCUUGGACAGAUCUCCAGUGACAUUUCGGGCGGAUAGCUCCAUGGGUCAAGUGGAGGUAUCUUUUGGCCGCGCGCUACUUCAUUCGGCGCUCCAUGGUUUGAACUUGAAAGUGCCUUUGCUGGGGCAAACCGUGAUUUUGGCUGGGUGCUCCUUGGCCAUCGGAAGAUUCCUGGAACCACCUGGGCUUCAAGGUGUGGCAGUGGUGGCAGCAGGUGCUUUCGUUGCCGUUUUCCUCUUCUUGAUAUGGCUGCAGUUUGUGAGGACAUCAAGUCCUUUGACUCACAGCCUCAAGAUGUAUGCCAGCAACAUUUCGGAGAAAGGAAUGACGAAAAAAACUAAAAAGGGCCCAGAGAGGGCGGUGGCUGUCCAAGAGGUCUUGGAUCUUUGGGACAAUUUCCAACACUUGGUGCGCGAUCGAAACAUGUAUUACAUGGACGUCAACAUAGUGAAACCGCUCACCAUGCCCUUAAAGCUCUCCUAUGCUGAGCUGGUUGGACCCCAAGAUGCCAUGUGGUUCGUGAGCCACUGGUGGGGUACUGAGUUCCGUGUUUACUGUGAAGCUCUUUCCCGGCACGCCAAGGCAUUCAGAGAGGAUGAAGUGACAGAUUGGAAGCGAACGACUACCUACUGGAUCUGUACAUUUUCCAACAAUCAGCACAAUAUCUCGGAGGAGCUUGGCCAGUCGCACCAAGAAUCCUCUUUCUAUCAAGCUUUGCACGAAGGCACGGUCAAAGGAACCUGCAUGAUCUUGGAUGAGAAGGCAAUGCCCUUGACACGUUCGUGGUGUCUCUUCGAAAUCCUGCAGACCAUUUUCUUGAAGAAGCAAGUGAUUCGGUUUCAAGGCUUAUUUUUCUGCACCGAAACAGGCGUUCUGAACCGCGGCAACAGCACGGUGGAGAUGUCCAUCCAAAUCGGCCAUCGCAUGGCACAUCUGAGAUUGGAAGAUGCCGAGGCAACCACCGAGCAGGAUAAGCGAAUGAUCCACGAUUUAGUCAUUGGCGAGAUGGAGAGUUUUGAUCACAUCAACCGGGUACUGAAGAAAUGCAUCGGAGAAGCCUUGACGGAAUGCGAAAAAUCGGUGAGCAAACAGUUUUCUGACCUUUACGAGGAGUUGGACUUUGUGACAGACUCACCGCAACGCGCUGGGGCUGGCUUCAUGACAGACUCACCGCAACGCGCUGGGGCUGACUUCGUGACAGACUCACCGCAACGCGCUGGGGCUGACUUCGUGACAGACUCACCGCAACGCGCUGGGGCUGACUUCGUGACAGACUCACCGCAACGCGCUGGGGCUAUCCGGAGCAGUUUGUGACAACAUAUAUACACACAAAUGAUCUAUCAUCUCUCUCUCUCUAUCAUAUACAUCGAUAAAUUGUAACAUCCACAGUGUCAAGAACAUAUGUUGGAUGAGCAUCCCCAAUGUCAGGUCCAUCUUGACCAUCAACCAUGCCAGCCCCUUUAGGGGGCGGGCAGAUCGAGUGCCGGUGAUCAAGUCCUCGGCCUGGUGUUGAUGACAGGUACAUACAGGUACCAAAGGCCAGAUUUUUGGAUCUUGGAUCAUUGGCUCAAGCUGUUUGCAUGAGCUGGUGUCUCCAUGUCCAUUGCCCAAGAUGGGCCACAGAGCAAUGCUCAGCACCUCAGCAUCUUGGAGCCAACUAAGUGGCAACUAACCAGCUGCUGAUGGUUUUGGGCAUCGCUCGCUUGCACAAAGAGGCAGACAUAUUCAGCACGUGUUGCAAAA